AUGAGUAAACUGAACGUAUUAAUUGUGCUGCUAGCAGUGUUUGUGUUGGCGAUAUCUCCCAUUUUCACAAGUGGCACAUUGGUACCUUUUGAUUCAUGCGCGAGUUCUGAUGCGACAUAUAAUGUCUCGAAAGUGGACUCUGUGUUUGAUCCGUCGUCGAAUACUUUGAAUUUUACUAUAACGGGAUAUUCGUCAACAAAAAUAGCUGGGUAUAAUUCACAGUUUAAUGCAACUGCGUUUAUCACCACUAGCGUGUUGAAUACAAAGAUAAAUAAUAUUAAAGAGAAUUUAUGUGCUUCCAUCGAUGGUAAUUGUCCUUUUGGUCCAGGUCUUGUUGUCAUUAGAAAGUCUAUCCAACUUGGCCAACAAAUACCACUAUCAACGUUGACCACAACUUUCAAAGCCUUAGAUGAAAACAUAGGACAAGUGACGUGCCUAACAUUUGAUAUUAGUCCACAAUAUCAAUAUUUCCGGCCUAUUUUCACUUAUAUACCAGUAUCAAUUACUGCAUUCACUUUAUUCGUGAAUGUUCUUGCCAGUUUUUUCAAUCCAACAAAAUUCUCCACGAAUAUUUUCGAAAUCUCCAGUUAUUAUGGACUAGAUCCACAAGGGUAUCGAUUGAGAGCUCCGUCGGUAUUUGAUGUGAUAUUUUAUACGCAAUUUGCCGUCUCAACAGCUGAAUUAGGAUUGAAUUAUCCCGGUUAUUAUCAACCUUUUAUGAGUCAUUUUGGAUGGGCGAGUCUUGUAUUUAAUCAUUCAACUUUAAUCAACUUUUCUAAUGGUGCCAGACCAUUUCUCGAUGACAAUGCUGAACCAAUGUUUGUCGAUGAUGCUUUAUUGUCUAAUGCAACAAAUAACCUCACGGCAACUCCAACUCCAAAGAAUCAGAAAAGAAAUAUGAUUUUUCAUGAUAUUAAAAAAAGACAAGGAAACCCUCAAUGUUCUUCUUCGAAUCCUUGUCCUUCUGGCCAAUGUUGUAGUCCGGCUGGCUUUUGUGGAACAGGACCUUCAUAUUGUGAUAAUACGGUAACAACAGUUACGUCAACUAGAACAUAUUUGCCCACCGCAACAGAUAGCACAUCACCAUCUGCUACAUAUCUUCCCGAUAAUUUUAAAGUUUAUGAUAAUACUUCUUCAAUAAUGGAAAAAUUUAAGGGAAUGGGAAAUUAUGCGGUAAUGGUUGGCAUUGCACCUCAAGAUAUUUUCCUGGAGACUAUAAUACUUGCAUUGAUUAUUAUUGCCAUAGUGGCAUUAAUAUCUGCAAUUAUAUGGGGCAUAUGGGGAUUAAUGAAAAAUAAAUCUCAAAAUAAACCGCUUGGUAGUUCAGAUCAAGAUCAAGGAUUGUCGUUUCUACUAGGAAAUAUGCUACGAUUCUUUCUUCUAUUCUAUUUCCCAAUGUUAUCGACUGCAUUCUAUCAACUUAUCAUCUACCAAUAUGUUCCGUGGUAUGCUAUAGCGAUAGCAGCGGUGGUCAUUAUCGCAUGUGUCGUCGUGCCAAUUGUCGUCACGGUCCUUAUAUAUCGAGUAUCACCACCCGUGUAUCUGCUGAAUGACCUGUCAUAUCGACUGAAAUACGGACCACUUUAUAACACCCUUAAAGAACGUGGGCCAAUGUUUUUCAUAAUCUUUUUAAUUUAUAAUUUCAUACGUGGUGUGAUAGUUGGUGCUGGACAAGAAAGUGGACUUACACAAGCGGUUGUAUUAAUGAUCCUUGAACUUACACUAGUAAUAAUUUUGAUUUCAAGGCUUCCCUUCUUGGAAGGAACUCGAAACAAUCAAAUUAAUGUCAUACUUGGGAUUAUUCGAACAUUUAUCUCGGGAUUCUUGUUGCUCUUUAUCGGUUCGUUGGGUAUUAGUGGAGUGAGUCAACAAAUUGUCGGGUAUAUCAUUAUAUUCUUUCAUGGUCUCGCGUAUACCAUCUUCACUUUAUAUACGAUGAAAAAUUUGUUUGGGUUGAUAUUCCGAUGGUGUGGGUUUGAUGGUAAUUCAUUAAGCGACAGCAAUGAUAACAAUAGAAGUAGUACAUUACGAGGUAGUAUCGGAGCAGCAGGAGGAAUAAGAGAAUUAAAAUCAAGGAUGGGAUUUUAUAAUAAUAGCAAUUAUUAUUCUGAACGUGAUAAUGGAAAUGGACCCAAUAAAGAAUCAAUAAAUGGUGGAUCAAUAUUGAAGGCCUAUCGCGGAUCAUACAUGCCACCUGCAACAACUGGUGGUACCGGAGCUGCAAGACUUGAUAGUUUCCCAAGUGUAAAUGAUGAUUAUGAAAAUUAUACCGAUGAAAGCAGCGGAACACCAACAGGGACAUCUUACGCUGAUCCAAAUCUGCUAAUAUCAGCUUAUCCAGGUGGGGGAGAUCAAUAUCGGCAACCGCCAUCACGAACAACAGUAAUUCGAAAUGUAAAUACUGCAAGAGCUCAAGGAAGUAUUGGUUCUUCAUUAGGAUUCGAAGAAAGAGGAUACACAUCAUCAGAUCCUAAUAUUUCAUUAGCAUAUCGUGAUGCAACAAAUCCAUACCUAAAUAAUAUGAAUAGUGAUCCAAUUCAAGCACCUUCAACAGAUACACGAAAUCAACCAGGGAAUCAAAACAGCAAUGACGAUGAUCUUUUCCAUGCAAGAAAUGAUUCCGCUGGUUCGGGUCAACUCGGUGGGCCAAGUACUAAUAAUACUAGCAUUAAUAGUAGUAAUUAUGAUCAAUUAAGAGCAGGAAUGACACCGUCGCCAGCGGAACCACCACAAAGAUUUCUGGGUAACAUACCAGAAACUAGGCUUGCAAGUGAUGAAUCAUCGAACAAUCUUGGAGGAUUCUUAUUUUCUGGUGUGAGAAAACUAUUUAAAAAGAAUAAAAAGAAGAAAGGACCAAAAGAUACACCCUCUUUCUGGGUAAAAAGAACAGGAACUGCCAGAACUACUGCUUCAAUAACGGACAGUGAACUGGAAAGAGCGGUGCAGGCAACACAAGGGCGUGGUAAAUUAAUAGUGUUAAAUCCAGAUCCAGCUGGACACAGCGAAUUUGGUGAUAGUGUUGUCGAUCUUACUACCAGUUCCAUGGUAGGAGGAGCUACUAGCGGUGAUGGUGGAAAUGCAAGUAAUAUUAUAAAUCCCGUUGCCACCACCACAACUAAUACCAAUAAUAUCAAUGAUCAAAUAACGACCACAUCAACAUCACUAUCAGAAUCGAGAAAUCUGACUGGAUUUGGGGCUGGUAACAUUUCAUCAUCGUUAACACCACUUCAAAUACAACAAAUAUCACAGCAACGAAUAAGCGAAGAAGAUGAAGAAUCGAAAAGUAGUGUUUACUCGAUAUUUGAAGGAAGUGAAAAUGGUAGCGAUAAAUUUGCGAAGCAGUUAGCUCGCGAUUCAACAACAGAUAUUGAAGAAUCUGGUGGCGUUGAUGGUGGUAGUAUUGAAGGCAAUGAUGACGGUGGAAGUAGUCCGAUGGAUUUAGUAUUGCGGAAACUUAGGGACUCGAAGGA